GAAUUCUCCCAGCGCUCUCCUCGUCAAUAUACACGCCCUUAACACACACAAACAUAACUCACCCGUCUCCCUAACCACAUAACAAUGGCUCCGCUCAAGGUCGGCAUCAACGGCUUCGGCCGCAUCGGCCGCAUGGUGUUCCAGUCGAUGUGCGAGGACAACGUCCUCGGCAACGAGAUCGACGUGGUGGCGGUGGUGGACAUGAGCACGGACGCCGAGUACUUCGCGUACCAGAUGAAGUACGACACGGUGCACGGCCGCCCGACGUACACGGUGGAGGUUGCGAAGAGCGCGCCGGAGGUGAAGAAGCCGGAUGUGCUUGUGGUGAACGGCCACCGCAUCCUGUGCGUGAAGGCGCAGCGCAACCCUGCGGACCUGCCGUGGGGCAAGCUGGGCGUGGACUACGUGAUCGAGUCGACCGGCCUGUUCACGAACAAGGCGAAGGCGGAGGGCCACGUGAAGGGCGGCGCGAAGAAGGUCGUGAUCAGCGCUCCGGCGUCCGGCGGUGCGAAGACGAUCGUGAUGGGCGUGAACCAGCACGAGUACGACCCCGCCAAGCACCACGUUGUGUCGAACGCGUCGUGCACGACCAACUGCCUCGCCCCGAUCGUGCACGUGCUGACGAAGGAGAACUUCGGCAUCGAGACGGGCCUGAUGACGACCAUCCACUCCUACACCGCCACGCAGAAGACGGUGGACGGCGUGUCGAUCAAGGACUGGCGCGGCGGCCGCGCUGCUGCGAUGAACAUCAUCCCCAGCACGACCGGUGCGGCGAAGGCCGUGGGCAUGGUGAUCCCGUCGACGAAGGGCAAGCUGACCGGCAUGUCCUUCCGCGUGCCGACGCCGGAUGUGUCGGUGGUGGACCUGACCUUCCGCGCCAACCGCGACGCCUCGAUCCAGGAGAUCGACGCUGCCCUGAAGAAGGCGUCCAAGACGUACAUGAAGGGCAUCCUCGGCUACACGGACGAGGAGCUGGUGAGCAGCGACUUCAUCAACGACGCCCGCAGCUCGAUCUACGACGCGAAGGCGACGCUGCAGAACAACCUGCCCGGCGAGAAGCGCUUCUUCAAGAUCGUGUCGUGGUACGACAACGAGUGGGGCUACUCCCACCGCGUGGUGGACCUGGUGCGCUACAUGGGCGCCAAGGACCGCGCGUGCGCGAAGAUGUAA